UUUUGAAAAUACAGUACGAACUGCAAGUGAAUUUGCCGCUGACGCCUUUGCCGGCAAAUGCACCACACUCAAAACGCGCGUGUGUGUGGCUGCAAAAAUGAAAUUGUGUAACAUCUAAAGGCGAAACGCAAACGAAAUCCCGAAUCAAUUUGACAGAGCAUCCACCGUCCAGGCAACAGGUUGUGAACCACACACCCACCCACACACACACACACACACACGGGUACACUCUAAGCUACUUCUGGAACACAACCAAGCGGAGCAGCAGCAGCAGAAGGAGCAGCAGCAGCAGCGAAAGCAGCGGCAGCUACAAUGCACCAGCGUCGCAACAGCCUGUGCCAGCCGCUGCUCAGCAACGGCGGCUGCAAGGAUGCAGCUCCAGCUUCGGCGUCAGUUCCGGCGGCAGCAGAGGUUUCUGCUGCCACUCCAGCAACAGCAUCCGCUGAAUCCGUGGAUGUGGCCGCCGCAGUGGGUGCCUCAGCGCCGAUGCCACUGCGAUGCGGCUGCUACUUCUCGCUGGCCUGUUCCAUUGGCUCGAUGAGCCUUGCCUGCGGCAGCCUGUGGCAAAUCCCGAACACCACCGACCGGAUCACGCUACAGCGUGGCCUCUUCCUCACCUCGCUCGGUUUCAUCUACUUCAUCUCGCUGACCGACUUCUGCAACAAGUAUCUGCUGGAGACAAAGCGUGGACAGCAAUUCCGCAACAAAUAUCGCCUAAUGAUAUCCGAUGUCCUCGAAAUAACCAACAAAAUCGUCUCGGCCAUCCAGGCCUCGUUCUCCUUUCUGGUGGGCCUGAUCGUCUGCAAGUCAACGUGCAGCAAGUCGUUUGUGUAUGCCUCGCACUUUCUAAUGGAGGCAUACGGCUGGUUCGGCACCGCCUAUUUCAUGUACGACAUUUGGUCCAUGUACAAGGUGCACACCCAGAAGAUUGCCGACAAGCUGCACUUGCUGCGCCUGACCAAGUCCCAGCCCUUUACCAACGGCCAUGCCCGCAAGUAUUACGACAAGGCCGGCGUUGGUGGAGGCGACCGCGGCGGUGGCAACAACAACGGCAGCACGCCGAGCACUCCGCACGAGAUAUGCGACUAUGAUGGCGCCUGUGUCCAGAUACCCAAGGAUGGCCGCUGGGACUUCUUGAAGUAUGUGCUGACGCAUCCGGUUAUGAUGAUACAUCACGUCUUCAUUGGCACCUUCGGACUGCUGGUCGUAACGUAUAUACGCGGAGGCGGACAUUGCAUCUAUAGCUACAUGUUCAUGAUGGAGUUCUCUACGCCGUUUGUCUCGCUGCGCAGCAUUUUGAGCACGAUGGGCCUGAAGGACUCGCGUGUGUAUAUUGUCAAUGGACUCCUGAUGCUGGUCACGUUCUUUGUCUGCCGCGUAUGCAUGUGGCCAUAUGUCAUGUGGCGCUAUAGCCUGGCCAUUGAUGCCGCCUCCAUGUGGUCGGCCAUGUGCGGAUUGCCGCGUGGCUGCCUGAUCAGCAUUGCCAUAUUGUUCUUGCCGCAGCUCUACUGGUUCUAUCUAAUGCUUAUGGGUGCACUUAAGGUUUUUCUGCCUAAGCGACGGAAGCAGCCAUCGGCUCUUGGCACUCAGCCGCAGGCGAAUGCCCUGACAGACACGCCCACUUCCACGCCUACGUCCACACCCACGCCUCCAGCUUCACCGAAGCCCACGGCCACGUCCACGCCCUUACCCACGCUAGCCGCCCUCACCAGCAAUGGCAAGCAGAAGUAGUGCGAAUUGUUAAAGUUGACGAGAUGCAAUUGAGGAGGGAAGUCCGGCCCCAACUGCAUAGCUAUUAAUACAUUCAACUAAUGUAUUUUAACACUUUUUUUUUGUUUUGUUUUCGCAACACCAUUUGCACACGCCUUGCUUUUGUUUAUUAACUAUUUAACAAGAGGAAUCGCAGCAGUUAAUUUAACACGAUGAUUUGAGUAAAGCUUUUCGGACAGAGCUUUUCGUUAGUUUUAGAAAAACAACAGACAGCCUGAUCCCAGCCAGAGA